AGCACCCUCCUCGCCGCCGCCGUCAUCGGCUGUUUCUCGUGGGGGCCUCGUGAGACAGAGCUGUGGCUCGGGCCGGCGGCGUGGUACGCCAGUCUGGUGCUGUCGCUGAGCGCGCUUUUCCUGUCGUCGUCGCUCGCCUUUGUCUUCUCCACAAUAAAAGACUCCCCUACUAAGCCGCCUCUGUCCAAGCAGCUGGCUAUGGUCGUCCACCUGCCACGCCCCAGACAAGGCUUUACAGCUGCAGGUACCAGCAGUGCUGCGGCCGGCGGUGACAAUCUUGGAAACCAGCAACUGAAAGAUGACCAGGGGAACAAUGCGACAGCCCCGCCGACACCAAUCUAUGCCCAGGACCGUGACGUGCGUGUCCGUCUCCGCUGGAAAAUGGUGUUCACAUGGCAAGCCCCCAUGAUGCUCAUGGCAUAUUCGGUUGUAGGAUUUAUCAUGGGAUUUGUUAUCUACGUGUGCACGCCGCUCUACGACGGCCGCGAUUUUGAUGACGACAGCAAGGCAGCGAUUCUUGUCCUUGCAUUCACAGCUAUCGCUGGAGCUGUGUUUGUUAUCUGCUCUCAUUGGACGUAUAGCUUUGUGGACCUAGACGGCGACACGGGUCUUUGA